UGCUCUGAUCCCGGCUUCCUGUCUGAGGUUUUUAGCAAUUGUUUUCCCCGGACCUGCUCCCCAGAUUAGCUGGGUUUGGCUCCAGCAUGCCGCAUUAACGCGUGGAUCUACUCGCCACUCUCGAUCACAAGUAAAGGGUUGCGCUCACAGUCUCUUGUGACUUUCCUGAAGAGCCUGGUUUUGUUUUGUUCGGUGUUGACCCGGGUGUUCAUUUCAAAAUGUCCAGUCCUGCUGCUGGACUCAGCUCUCAGAACGGGGCAGGGAGGCAGGCGUGUAGCAACGGCCCUAUACAAAAUCUGAUAAUGAUGCAGGCCCCAGGGCGGGGUUACAAUACAGCAGCCCAGACGAUGCAUCCACAACACAUGCCAGCCAAAGCUCCUUUAGAGCAACCUGCCGGACAGUAUCACUAUGGCUGUUAUCAGAGCUCUCCUCCUGUGAGCGUGUAUCAGGGACCUGGUCAGAGCGCUCCUCCUGUGAGCGUGUAUCAGGGACCUGGUCAGAGCGCUCCUCCUGUGAGCAUGUAUCAGGGACCUGGUCAUAGCGCUCCUCCUGUGAGCAUGUAUCAGGGACCUCGUCAAACCAACAUGACCAGGCCUCCCAUGAGACCCCUUCAGCCACAUCAAGCAGGAUCUGCCAGGAUAGCAGCCCCAGCUCCAAGCUCCACACCUCCACCUGUGUGUUCUAAUAGUUUUUAUCCAGGCUCCCAGAUCCCCCCUCAUUCACAAUGGGCGUAUGGCACGCCCCCUCCCAUGAGCCAGCCUUCAGUGGCCACAAACCAUGUGACGUCAGCACCAAGCCAGCUCUCUGCAGCACGUUAUGGGAUUCAAAACAGCCCCCCGCAAGGGCCCCCUGCUCCUCUGAACACCUCCGUGCAGCCAGGCCAGCCCUCUGGGUAUGGGAUGCAGAACAGCCCCCCGCAGCGACCCCCUGCUUCUCUGAACAGCUCCGUUCAGCCAGGCCAGCCCUCUGGGUAUGGGAUCCAGAACAGCCCCCUUCAGGGGCCCUCUGCUCCUCUGAACAGCUCUGUGCAGCCAGGCCAGCCCUCUGGGUAUGGGAUCCAGAACAGCCCCCCGCAGCGACCCCCUGCUCCUCUGAACAUCUCUGUGCAGCCAGGGCCGGCCCCCCCUCCUGUCAGUCCACUUUCAUCACAAUCAUACCAGUCUGGCAGGCAGCCAUUCGGGCCUCCCCCUCCUGUGAGACCAGAAGCGCCCCCUACUGGACAGUUAAACAAUGCAGCCACUCCCCCGCCUCCUGCUGCUGCUGCUAAACAAGAAGUACCAGUACCAGGAGCAGAAAGAACGCAGAUCCACAACAGCUUUGAUGCUUUGGAAAGUGGAGGCAGAAAUGCUGCACAGCAUCAUCCACAGAUGGGCAGGGCAGUUGGCCUGUCUUAUCCCUCAUUACCUCUUGGCUACCAGAACAUGGCUGUCUCCCCCUGUGCACCGGGAAUGCAGCCUCUGAGCCAGCGUUACCCUGCAGGAGCCCAGUCCUUUCAGCAGGCUGCGCUGGGUCCAGCUCAGCUUGGCUCUGCUCUGGGAGGAAUGAAUCUGCAGCAGAGCCAGCCUGAAGCACUGAGAGCCAUCAACCUGCUCCAGGAGAGGAACCUCCUACCCCGUGGUCCCGUCACCCCCCCUGUGCCCUGCCUGCCCCAGGACCUGCAGCGUCUCAACUGCAGUCCCGAGGUCUUUCGGUGCACUCUGACCAACAUCCCUCAAACUCAGUCUUUGCUAAACAAAGCUAAGCUUCCCUUGGGGUUACUCCUCCACCCAUUCAAAGACAUGUCGCAGCUGCCGGUGGUCACCUCCAGCACCAUCGUGAGGUGUCGAUCCUGCAGAACCUACAUCAACCCCUUCGUCACAUUCCUCGACCAGAGGAGAUGGAAGUGCAACCUGUGCUACAGAGUCAAUGAGGUUCCAGAAGAAUUUAUGUAUAACCCUGUAAGCAGAUCGUAUGGAGAACCACAUAAAAGGCCAGAAGUUCAAAAUCCCACAAUUGAGUUUAUUGCACCUUCAGAAUAUAUGCUGCGGCCCCCCCAGCCUGCAGUAUACCUCUUCGUACUCGAUGUAUCCCACAAUGCAGUAGAGACUGGAUACUUGGACACGGUGUGCCGGUCACUCCUGGACAGUCUCAGCUUACUGCCAGGAGACACCAGGACAAAGAUAGGCUUCAUUACAUUUGACAGCACAGUCCAUUUCUAUAACCUCCAGGAGGGCCUGUCCCAGCCUCAGAUGCUGGUUGUCUCAGACAUUGAAGAUAUCUUCAUACCAACACCAGACAGCCUGUUGGUAAACCUCAACGAAUGCAAGGAGCUGGUCCAGGACUUGUUGAAAGGCUUGCCCCAGAUGUUUACCAGGACCCUGGAGACACAGUGUGCGCUGGGGCCAGCUCUACAAGCUGCCUUCAGGCUGCUGUCCCCCACUGGAGGCCGGGUCUCUGUCUUCCAGACACAGCUGCCUUCUGUAGGGGUCGGGGCACUGAAGUCCAGAGAAGAUCCCAACCAGAGGGCUUCUGCAAAGGAUAUACCGCAUCUGACUCCUGCCACUGAUUUCUACAAAAAGCUGGCCCUGGACUGUUCUGGGCAGCAGAUUGCUGUGGAUCUUUUCCUGCUUAGUGGACAAUACUGUGAUUUAGCUUCAUUAGCCUGCAUAUCCAAGUAUUCUGCAGGCGGAGUCCACUACUACCCUUCAUAUCACCACCUGCACAACCCUGCCCAGGUGGAGCAGCUCCAGAGAGACCUGAAGCGCUACUUCAGCAGAAAGAUUGGCUUCGAGUCAGUCAUGAGGGUGCGCUGUACCAAAGGUCUUUCUAUACAUACCUUCCAUGGAAACUUCUUUGUCCGUUCGACGGAUCUGCUGUCGCUUCCCAACAUCAACCCAGACUCAGGGUUUGCUGUUCAGAUGUCAAUUGAGGAGAAUCUCGUAGACAUGCAGGUGGUUUCUUUCCAGGCUGCUCUUCUCUACACUUCCAGCAAAGGGGAGCGGCGCAUACGAGUCCACACUCUUUGUUUACCAGUCGUGAACUCCAUGGCUGACAUCUUCGCUGGAGCGGACGUGCAGGCCAUCACAGGACUGCUGGCCAGCAUGGCGGUUGACCGCUCGGUCACAGCCAGUUUGAGUGAUGCCCGCGAUGCUCUGGUGAAUGCUGCGAUUGACUCUCUGCGUGCUUAUCGCUCUGGCGGGCUUAGUGUGCAGCAGCCUGGCCUUGUCACCCCUGCCUGCCUGCGCCUCCUCCCUCUCUAUGUGGUGGCCCUGCUCAAGCAGAAAGCCUUCCGCACUGGAACGAGCACCAGGCUGGAUGAGCGUGUUUUUGCGAUGUGUCAGCUGAAGUACCAGCCCCUGGCUUACCUGAUGCUCAUGAUCCAUCCUGCUCUGUACAGAGUUGACAAUCUUACAGACGAGGGGGCUAUCAGCAUCGCUGACAGAACAGUCCCUCAGCCCGCGACUCUGCAGCUGUCUGUGGAGAAGUUGAGCAGGGAUGGAUCCUUCCUGAUGGACUCGGGCUCGGUACUGUAUCUGUGGGUUGGAAGAAACUGUGCACCUAACUUUAUUACCCAGGUGCUGGGCGUUCCCAGCUAUACAGCAAUACCUCAGACUAUGACUCAACUCCCAGAAUUAGACACGGCUGAGUCGACAAGAACAAGAGCCUUCAUUUCUUGGUUAAGGGAACAAAGACCUUUUUACCCAAUCUUGCAUGUAAUCAGGGAGGAAAGUCCCCUCAAGGCAAGCUUUAUGCAGCACAUGGUCGAGGACAGGACAGAAUCUGCUCUGUCGUACUACGAGUUUCUGCUCCAUUUACAGCAGCAAGUUAACAAAUAAAGUGGUUUGUCGAGCUGUGGGAUGUGGCUGGUCUGAGAGGAGAGCCAAGGAGAGGGCAUGUGAGCGGCAGCGCCUCUAUUCAAGGAUUCAUUAACUAUGACUUUUUACAAAGUGUUUUUCAUCACUGGGCCAGAAGAUUGAAGCACAUUAAAAAAUAAAUAAUAAUACAAAAAAUUAUUUUGAAAAAUACUAACGUGAACAUUUUCCAUUAUGGGUUGAAAUGUUUUCUUUUUUGUUUGUUUGUUUUUAACCCUUUUUAGGGUUUCAUUAUGUAAGUAUUGUCUAUAAUUGUUGCUAAUUUUCUUUUAGCUCAGAUGAAACAGAAUCACUAAAGUUAUUCUUUCAGUUAAGACUGGCUUGUGAAUAAGGGAAGGUAAUGGAGUUUGUUGAAAGAACAUUUCUGCCGGUUUAAAAAUCUGUAUGUUUUGGUUAUAAUAUUCUGUCUUCAUUGCUUUCCAGAACAGAUCUGUUCUCUGAAUUCUCAAAAUUGAACGCUUCACCCAUGAAAAGAUGUUGGAAUCAUGACCGAUGUCCUAGGGGAUACUAGGGGAUAAAGAGCAGUGUUUUGUGCAUCAGAUUUACAGACUUCUUUUUCUUAUACAUUGAUCUAAUACAAACACAUGGUGGUGGUUAAUCAGGACAGAAUCUGUAAUAAAAUGUGUAGAAUGAAGAAUCCCAACAUGUUUAAUGCAGUAAAGUCGUCACUUGUUUGUAAUUCAGUCUCCUCUGAGAUGUGUGCAAAGAGCACAACGUCCAUCUGUUUCAUUGAUAUCAUUUAUUGAUUUGAUUUUGUCUGGUUUCAUUCUCACAAUUUUUUUUUUUUUUCUCUUAACAUUAAAACAGUCCUCUGUUUAAAUCGUAGGCAGUAUGAGAAAUGUUUUUAAUGAAAUAGGAGGAUUUGGAAGCAGAUCCAGUAGAAUCAGGCCAUUGUUGUGACCCUUUAUUGUGCAUUGUUGCUGACACCCACACACACACAUAUGCACAUUCGUGACAGCAAAUCUUCAUGAUUAAAGCAAUUGCAAAUGAAAUGGAUUAAUAUAGUAUCGUCAGGUAUGUGUAUAAUAAUAAGUGGUAGGUGCAUCCUUACACAGUUGUAAUUGCUGCACUAGAGUCUGUGCAAGUCCUUGGUUCCUGCUGGUAAUCAGUUCUGUUACUGAAGCGAUUCUAUUGAAUAGGUGCCAUGUAUUGUUCUGUAUCUCCUCUCCAGUGCAGCACAUUCUUCUCGCUUGUUGAUUUUGACUCUCGUCUUCCAUGCUGUUGAAAUGCUAUUGUCCUUGCCCAUAAUUACAAUCCAGCUGUUGUUCUGAGCACACCAUGCAAGACUUUCUGUCAUGGAGAUCCAGGCAGGUGUAGCUGGUGUUCCUCUACAGCCCACUUCCAGCCUAAGCUGAUACUGGCUUUCCUGUCGGUAACAGUCAGCCAAGUUCAGGCUGAUGGUCCUGGACCCGCUGAUGGUGCGCCAGGAUUGAAAGGGCUCAUGGACUAUACUAGUAAAAUGAUGGGUUAUUUGGGGUUAAUUUAUUUUAAUCCUAAAUCUUUCAUUUGGGGAUGGGAUUUUUAUUUAUUUUUUUUUUAAUAAUCAUCAGUAUUCUUUGCAAAGAGAUUCAAUAGCAGGGAAAGACUUCAGAAAUAACACUGACGGUAGUGUCAAUAUUGCACUGAAGUAAUGUACCUGGUUAAAUGCAAGAACAAAAACACUGAGUCCCUGUUGCGGUUCAGCGUAGUUUAAGUGUUGUUAAUGUCACCAGUGAGGGGCACAUUGUUCUUUGGGGUUUUACAUUUAUUUUAUUUUCUGUUUGUAAUAAUUAUCAUUGUUUUCUGUCUUACGUCUUGCAUGUUUGAUUUUUAGUUUUGAUGAUUUUUUCACAGUUUAAAAAGAAUAAAUCUAUAAUUUAAGUGAAGACACUUUAACAUUUUGUUUUAACCACUUAACAAGUUUAAAAAAGCAGAAUGAAUGCUUGCCAUCCUCUGGACCAUUGUGUGUGGCUUGAAUUGUACUCCGUUACCAUUCUCUAUAUAUUGUAAACAUGAAAUAAAGAGAGCCCCUCUGUAAAGUAGUGUACAAUUCUGUAGCCAAAUUAAAGUCUAGUUCUUUA